GUCGCGCCAGCAGCUGAUGUGCCCCCUCACGAACUUCCCCAUCCAGCUCCUGCCAUACCCGCCAUUCAAGCUCCGCACCGAGCCUUCGAAACAGAGCCCUCACACGCUUGUGGAUGGGAAGUUUCUCGCUUUGCAGCUCAUCGCUAACGGGCGAUGUGGGCCAGGAAUCCGGGAGUUGCUUCCUGCGGACCUGACUGCACUUGACGAAUACAUCCAGCGCUGCAAACUGGGACCCUUCCGACCCGGCGUGGCUCGAGGUCUGGCGGAGGAGAUGGCCACGGCGCCGACCCAAGCGGAGCGUGUUCGAGCAGCGAAGGACAGUCGAUUUCGGACAUGCUAG